GUGUCACAUGACUCCCAAUCUCCACUUCAGUUUCUCUCCUGUCACAUCCAAGUCAACUGGUGGGCGGGGCUGAGGUGUCGAUCACGUGACAGCGCAGGGCUUCCAGGAGAGGUUGUAGCUGUACUGUAGAUUUCAUGAAAUGGACAAGAAAUUGCUGUUGGUAGAUGUGGACUGUGGAGUAGAUGAUGCCCAAGCACUUAUGGUGGCAUUGGCGGCACCUCACGUUGAGAUCCUGGGAAUCACCUGCUGUCAUGGAAACUCUACGAUAGAAAAUGUUUGCAGGAAUGUUCUACGCGUCUUAAACACCUGCCACCGACUCCAGGUGCCGUUCCUGCUCCGAGGUUCAUUUUCAGAAUGUGUCACGUAAAUGCUCUUUAUCAAAGAACCAUUGCUACCAAAGCUGAACGUUCACUUUUGGGUGGGAAUUGGAUUGCCCUCAGACCUAUAGACAGUGAUUACCCAGUGACUGCUCUCCCACUGCCGAAUUGCUGCUGGUAGAUGUGGACUGUGGAGUAGAUGAUGCCCAAGCACUUAUGGUGGCAUUGGCGGCGCCUCACGUUGAGAUCCUGGGAAUCACCUGCUGUCAUGGAAACUCUACGAUAGAAAAUGUUUGCAGGAAUGUUCUACGCGUCUUAAACACCUGCCACCGACUCCAGAUUCCUGUCUAUAAAGGUGCAGCUAGAUCACUACUGGGAAAUUCUCUCCAUGCCAGUGGUUACCAUGGCGUUGAUGGGUUGGGUGAUGUACCAGACUCUACAUCUCCUGAUCUUGACCUGCUACAAAAAGAGCAUGCUGUUCUUGCAAUGAUAAGAAUGGUAAAUGAGUAUCCCAGACAGGUGUCCCUUGUUGUAACUGGUCCAUUGACUAAUCUUGCUUUAGCUCUGAACAUGGAUCCCACGUUUCCACGGAAAAUUCAAAAUCUUUUUAUCAUGGGCGGUAAUAUGGAGUCAAGAGGUAAUACAACAGUUUGUGGCGAAUUCAAUUUUGCAUGCGACCCAGAAGCAGCUUACAUUGUACUAAAUGGUUUUGAUUGUCCAACUCAUAUUGCAACGUGGGAAUUCACUUGUAGCAAUGCCCUUUCUUGGGAAUUUUACCAUGAGUGGAUCUCUCAGAAAACCGAAAAGGCAGAUUUCAUGAGAAAGAUAUCGGCCCACUCUGAAAAGUUCACCAAAACCAGUGCUGAGGAAAAAGCGGACUGGACCAAAGGAUUUGUUUCAUGUGACUCCUACGCUAUGGCUGCAGCAAUAGAUGACAAAUUUGUCACCGAUGCUAUCACUUGCGCAGUGGGGGUUGAACUCAGUGGUACAUUGACUCGGGGAAUGAUGGUGUUGGAUACAUUAGGCAUGCUACAAAGAAAGCACAAAGUCUUUGUUAUGACCAAAUGUGACACAGAAAAAUUUAAAAUCCUUUUGAUGGAGGCAUUACAAUAAUAUAAUGUGACAUAAGUGGUGACAGAAAGAUCACUACUGUUAAAAAAAAUAAUAAAAAAUCCAUACAUCUAGGUUGAUAUUCAGGAGAUGUCUAUAACAUGUGUGGGGUUUUGCUCUGGUAGAAAGGCUAGCGGACGCAGUAUAAAGGCAAUCACAAAGUCUUUAA